AUGGUCUUCAAAGCCGCCAUCGCCGCCCUCGCAGCUAGCGCCCAGCUCGCUUCAGCGUUUGAGAAGCCUGCUGCACCUGCUCAAGGCAUGCGUCUAAUCAAGUCUUCGGAGGAGGAUCCUGGACAAUGGAUCUUCAAGGAGGACAAGUACACCAUGGUCAAGUCCAAGAGAGGACGCAAACACUACAUCGACAUCACCAACAUUGAGGACGAUUUUGUGCUGGAGAGAUUGUCGGCCAAGAACCGUGUGGCGGCGCAGAAGGCGAUCGAGUACCCGGAUACGUUGGGCCAUGUUGACGAGGCCCAGUCCUUUAUUAGCAGUGCCGGCACGGAAGGGCCUCAGUUGGGGCUGAAGCACCUGACCUCUGGCACGGAGGCUGCGAAUCGGCUCUUCAAAAAGGUCCAGGACCUUGCCUCGGCUAACGCCGCCAUUACGGUCGAGCAGUUCCCCCAUUCGGAUUUUGACCAGCCCUCUGUCCUUGCUCGCAUCCCAGGCAAAAGCGAGAACCUGGUGAUUAUCGGCGCCCACUUUGACUCGGCAGCGGGCAAACCCUCUGCUGCCGCUCCCGGGGCGGACGACAACGCCACCGGCAUGGUCGUUGUCCUCGAGUCUUUUCGCGUUCUGGCCCAGGGCGGCUUCGAGCCCGAGAACACACUCGAGUUCCACUGGUACGGCGGCGAGGAGAUUGGCCUCGUGGGCUCGGCCGACGUCUUUGCCCACUACCGCGCCGCGGGCAAGACUGUGCUGUCGUACGUGAACCAGGACAUGGCCGGCUACUCGCCGAGCGGCACGCCCGCCAUUAUCACCGACUACACCGACAGCGACCUGAACGCCUACGUCAAGCUACUGGUGACCGAGUACACCGGCCAGGCGCCCAACGAGGAUGCUUGUGGCUACGGAUGCUCGGACCACGCGUCCGCCGAUGCCAAUGGUUUCCCUGCCGCUUUCUUGUUUGAGGACUUCACCAACCAGACCAGCCCUUAUAUCCACACCGUCAACGAUACCCUGGGUACCAUCAUGUGGGAUGCUGUUGAGCGUCACAUUCAGUUCUCCAUUGGCUAUCUUGUCGAGGCGUCUUAUCUGUAA